AUGACAAACAACAACCAUAGCAUUGGCCGUCAGGGGGUGUCCGCAUCCCAUCCAGAGCUCACGGCCAGUCGCAGCGCCUUCUUCCAAGCGGCGGCGAUAAACUUUGUCCUUCUUCAACUGCUCUUCUUCGUCCUCUUUUGCUAUCUUUUUGGAUCUUUGUUUCAGCAAACCUCGCGCACGCACGCCCUCGAAGUGCUGUGGGUGGAUUAUGAUGGCGGCAUAGUUGGUGAUGCUGUCCGCGAUGCCUAUUCAUCUCUACGAUCCGAUGGCUUCCCCACACUCGUCGAGCGACCGAAAGACGAAUUUCCAUCCGAGAGAGAAUUAAGGGAGGCCGUGUGUAGUACCAAAUAUUGGGCAGCAUUGUAUACCUCACCAGGGUCAUCUGAAAAGUUGGGGCUUGCACUCUCAGGGUCUGCAUCGCAGCAUAAUCAGUCCAAUGUACUCUUUUACAUCUGGAAUGAGGCCAGAUACCCGAUUGUCCUUGACGCCGCCAUUUCCAGCAAUCUUCAGACACUCUCCAAUGCUGCCCGUGUGGUUUACGCAAAUACUUCCUUCGCACUUACCACAACUACAAUCAAUGACUCGACCGCCUUGUUAACAUAUGCGAACCCUUGGAUUCUAUCGUCCAUCAACAUUCGGCCGACAACUCAAGGCACUCGAACCGUAUACAAUUCCAUAUGCAUUGUACUAAUCCUGAUUCAAGAUUUUUUUUAUCUUGCCAGUAUCAAUGGGCUGUACGCGCAAUUUAACGUCUACACCAAGAUAUCGCCAAUACGCAUCAUUUUUACCCGGAACCUUAUCUCUGGGAUAUUCACCACUGUUGGCUCGUUACUUCUUACUGCUGCUAUAUGGGCAUUCAAGGCUGGCUGGGAUGUUUCUGGAAAACAAUUCGGUCUCAACUGGCUGAUUGUAUGGCUUUUUGCCCAUGUCAACUUCCUCGCCAUCGACAUCUUUACCAUCUGGCUUCCACCCCAGUACAUGCCCAUGGCCCUUAUUACUUGGAUUGUGACUAAUGUCACUUCCAUUUUGAUACCAUUCAGUCUCUCAUCCCGAUUCUACCGCUGGGCAUACGCAUUGCCAGCACACGAAGCCUACGAGGCCCUCACGGAUAACUGGUCCGGCGGUUGCAAUCCGCACCUACAUUAUGCUCUACCAAUCCUAUUUGCCUACGAGAUAAUUGGAAUUUUAUUCACCAGCGUUGGCGUCUACAAGCGGUGUCACUUUGCUAUCGUAGCCGAAGAAGUUGCUCAGGAGGUUAUGCGACUGCGUGUGGAAGCGGCAAUGAAGCUUGAACGCGAGCAAAACGAGCCUUUGCUUGAAGAUGGGGACUACUAA